UAUGGCGUCUAAAGCAAUAGUUGACUUCAACCUGGACGAAUCUGAUGAUGCCUUUGCCGAAAAGUUAAAAAGUAAGAUCCUCUAUGAAAUUGAUGUUGCUGAAAAGGAAAAGAAGGCAGAAAUUUCCAAAAUUCAUGAGGGUGCGGCUAAUUUAACAGCUUUAAUUUCUAAAAAUGAAUCUAAACUUAAUGAGGAAAUUGAAAUAUUCUACUCCAACCGUCAAUCUAAACUUAAAGAGAUAUUAAUCAACUGUUCAGUUUUUGACAAAGAUAGGGAUAUAAAAUCAAUUCUUAGUACAAAUAAUAAAGUAAUCAAGAAAGAUUUGUUAACAUCAUUCAAUAAAGCAAUAGAUGGUACAGCUGAAUUUGUAAGUUCUGAUAAUGAAAUUAAAUUAACAUACGGAUCAAUACUCUUUUCAAAUGACAAAGGACAAGGGCAAAGGAGAAUAGAAUUAGAAUAUCCAGUAAUAAAGGUCAGAUCAUUUGAUUCUGGACUAUACGUUUUCUAUUCGGCCAAUUAUAGAAAUACUUAUUUACCUAAAAUAUUAAGUGGGGAAUAUGCUGCUAAUAAUUUCCAGCCAGAUCAAACAACUCUUUCUGGUGCUGAAUACGUAUAUUGUAUGAAUUUGGAAACUGGAGAAGUGCUAAAUGAAAAUAUUAAUGGUUUUUCAAUCGUAGAUAUUAAUGCUUUAAAUGAUUUGGCCUAUUUAACAAAUGAUAAAACAGCUUUAAUGCAUAAUUUUUCAACUAUGAAUAACCUAUGGAGUACAGGCGAACCAUCUCUUUACCAAUAUCAACAACUUAAUGAUGUGUCUACUCUAUUCUUAGCCGAUCAAAAGAUAUUUAUGAAAAAUCUAUGUAUAGAUAAAUCAAAAGACUUUGUCGAUUUGAACAUUUCCAAUACUGAAGGAUUCUAUUUGGACUUGAAUCAGGGAAUUUUCGUUAAGAAUACAAAAUUUUUAUCCAAAGCAAAAAUAAAAACAUGGAAACAAGAUUCGUCGGAAAAUGAAUUGGUUCAUUAUAUUAUAACUAAACAAGAGAAGCUUCUUUUCGAUCUAUUAUAUAUUUAUUCAAUUAACGUAGAAACAUUUGAAGUAACCGUUUUUAUGCAGAAAAAUAUAUUCCCGGACUAUUGCAUUCUGGGAUAUAAAAUUGUUGAUGAAGAUACUGUUGUUUUUGCCUUGUUCGAUAAAAAGAAUAUUUGUGAAAUAAUGUUAAAAAUAUGUCGACUAACUAAUUAA